AAGUGUAAUGACAGAUGUCAAAGUUUUUUAAAAGGCUUGUUUUUGUUAUGGUGUCACCAAAUUGAAGAGAAAAUAAAUUGUGAAUCAUAAAAAACUACGAUUUGUUACUCAACUAUUGGUACACAUAAAUCAUUUGAGAGCACGUUGAGUUUCAUGAUGAAUUGGAAACCAUUAUUUCAGAGAAUAAAUAUGAAAACGAAUCAAACAGGAAGUUGCUCUCUAAAUUCUUGAAACAGUCGUAAAGUUGCAUUUUGGGAUUUCGUGUUUUCUUCUUUUAUCCGUGAAAUUAAAAUAAGUUACCAUGGCUCCGAUUCCAGCAGAAUAUUUAUAUGAUUUCUGGGACACUUAUGAGAGCAAUGAAAAUGAUCAUAUUGAACUUACUUGUCUUAUGCCCAAUGGUAUUGUAAUUUUACUAAAAGUACAAAGUAAUGCUACUCUUGGCGAAAUUAAAGAGGAUUUAUGGGAUGAAGCUGCAAACUACCCUCUGUAUGGGAAACUUUAUGAUAUUUCCGGCUAUGUAUUCAUGUAUGUUAAUAAUAUGGCCGAACAGGUGAAAGUAAUAGAUGAAUGUAGAAGAUUGUGUGAUACCAGGCCUGUAGGAGGAAUAUUCAAAAUUGUAGAAGCAAAAACAGAUAAACUUGAUGAAACGACCAGUGGUCAAGUUGGUCAUUUAAUUGGCAAAAGAUUGCAAGAGUUCGAUUCAAUGAAUAGUCCAGAAAUAAAUAAUUUCAGGUUUAAAAUGAGAAAAUUGGGAGAAGAUAUUGCCAAAUCAAGAGAAAAAUUGACCUGGCAACAGAAAGUUUUCUACCAAUUUCCUCCUAGAAUCUCAGUUCCUAAUAUACUAUUAUUGAAUCAGAUAGGUCAUGACAAAAAUAUAAAAAUAGCCACCAAAUUUGGAAAUUCAGAUGUGAGCUCUUCAUAUAUUUGUAUUUUUACUAGAUUUUUUUUUAUGGUUUCAUUUCAGAACUCUUAUAAUUUCACUUUUGACGUGUCAAUGAGCAUAGGACCUACCAAAUUUUUGGAAAUAGUUCUCACAAAAAAAGCUACGAUAUUCAACACCAAAAAUGAAAGGCCUAAUGAUUACGUUUUGAAAGUUUGCGGGCGGGAUGAUUUUAUAAUGGGGGAGGAGCCUCUUAUAAAUUUUCAAUAUAUACAGGAGAGUCUAUCGUAUGGUAUUACCCCGGUUCUAGUUACUGUUAACGUUUGUGAUGUACCAAUUACAACGGAAGGAGAUUAUGAGUGUAUAGGAAAUUUCGAUAAAAAACCUCGUCCAUCCUACUCAACAUUAACACUAAGGAAAAAAGGAAAAUGCAAAUCGGCAUGGGAUUUGAUUUCUAACUUUAGGUUAACUCUGUCGAAAUUGAGAAAACUCAAUCUAGAUCCAAAACGGGCAUCAGAGUUAUAUAUCGGACUUCAGGUGGGUCUUUUUCACGGUGGUAAAUCGUUGUGCGAGGCCAAAAGAACUGAAGAUUUGAAGGUUACCGUUGUAGGUGAUCAAUGCGAGUGUGAUAUUAAUGUGUCUUUCGAAUUUGAUAUGCUAAUGUGCAAUAUUCCUAAAAAUGUCAAGUUAUGUUUCGUUGUUUACGAAGUGAACAAAAGUUACAAAGGUGGUAAAUUCAAGAAAUCCAAAGAGGCUAACAAAGAUCCUUCGUAUAAUCCUAUAGCUUGGGCUAACACGACGCUGUACGAUUUCAAGGAUCAGUUGAGAACAGGUCCUCAAACUCUUUACAUGUGGACUUACGCCGAGGAAAACUUCGGCGAUGAUCUCUUACAUCCGUUAGGUACAGUUGUAAAUAAUCCAGAUAUAAGAAACGUUACCGCUUUAACAAUUAUUUUCGAGAGCCACGAGAAUCAAAUAAUAGUGUAUCCUUGUCCAGAGGCUAUGCUCGAAUAUGCACAGGCGCUGGGUCAAAGCGGCUCCAACAAUAUAACCACCGAGAUCGGCUUGGAAAACAUCAAAAAUUACGAGAAAAAUUUCGAUUACGACAAUUUCUACGAGAUGCACGAUCAGGAUAGGAAGAAUAUCUGGAAUCUGAAGCACUAUUGGAAAGAGCACAAUCCAGUCAUUUUACCAAAGAUUCUUUACUGCAUAGAUUGGGACCGGAAGGAGACGUUCGCGGAAGUUGUGGCUCUGCUGAAGGAAUGGCCGCUUUUACCGGCGGAGAAAGCGUUGGAACUGUUAGAUUACGCUUAUGCUGACCAAGAAGUGAGAAGUUAUGCCGUUCAGUGUUUUCAAGAAAUGAGCGAUGACGAUCUCCUUUUAUAUCUCCUUCAACUGGUUCAGGCCCUGAAACACGAGCUGUUUCUAGAAUGUGACCUUAUAGAUUUUUUACUAAAGAGAGCUCUAGCUAAUCAAAAAAUAGGCCAUUAUCUAUUUUGGCAUCUGAGAUCCGAAAUGCAAGUUCCUUCGGUGUCCGUUCGAUUCGGUCUGAUAUUGGAGGCCUACUGUAGGGGAGCCCAAGAACACAUCGGUAUCUUGCAGCAGCAGUUGACCUGUCUGGAGAAGCUGAAAAAGUGUCAAGAGGUGAUAAGAACAAGGAAAGAUAAGGAUAAGGCCAAGAGUUUGUUGCAUAAUUACAUGCAGGGCCAGUCUUCGGAGUUCCUGAGGGGUUUGAGGAAUCCGUUGGAUCCGAGCUAUAGAUGCGAUGAUAUCAAGAUCGAGAAAUGCAGAGUGAUGGACAGCAAGAUGCGUCCUCUCUGGAUCGUUUUUGGAAACGCAGAUUCGUACGGAGACGACAUCUACCUCAUAUUUAAAAACGGGGACGAUCUGAGGCAAGAUAUGCUUACGUUACAGCUGCUGAGGAUAAUGGACAAGCUGUGGAAGCAGGAGGGAUUGGAUUUGAGAAUGAACGUUUACAAUUGCGUUUCAACAGACAAUAGAGUGGGUUUGAUAGAGGUCGUCUUACAAGCAGAAACAAUCGCUAAUAUACAGAAAGGAAAAGGGAUGUUUAGCGUUUCUUCGGCUUUCAGGAAAGGGUCGAUUUUUGAUUGGUUGAAGGACUAUAAUACCACUGAAGCUGCUCUGAAUCAAGCGGUUAACGAAUUCACCCUAUCCUGUGCGGGAUAUUGCGUCGCUACUUACGUUCUAGGAAUCGGUGAUAGACAUUCUGACAAUAUAAUGAUCAAAAGAACUGGUCAGCUAUUCCACAUUGAUUUCGGUCAUAUAUUGGGUCAUUUCAAAGAGAAAUUUGGAAUAAAAAGAGAGAGGGUUCCUUUUGUUCUCACCCACGAUUUUGUUCAUGUUAUAAAUAAGGGCGCUAAAUAUAGUAUAGAAUUCAAGAUAUUUCAGGAGUACUGUGAAAAGGCUUUUCUAAUAUUGAGGAAACACGGUAAUCUAAUCCUUUCCCUGUGUGCAAUGAUGAUUUCAACGGGUCUACCUGAAUUAUCGUCAGAAAAAGAUCUCAAUUACUUGAGAGAAACAUUGGUUCUUCUGAAAUCGGAGAAGGAUGCCUUGGAACAUUUCAAGAGCAAAUUCAACGAAGCUCUUUCAAACUCCUGGAAAACAUCACUGAAUUGGGCGUCUCACAAUUUGGCGAAAAAUAAUACUUAGUAUUGAUUGUUUUGCUGCAAACCCAGAAUAAGUGCCAAUAAACUAAAUUUAAGGAUCAACGAAUUAUUUAUUAAUAUUUUUUAUUGUAUUGUCAUUGAAUGGUGUACUCAGAUAUACAUUUUAUUUUAUAGUAUUAAAGUUAUUUCUUAUA